AUGCUCCUAGACCGCAUGAAGGAGUUGGUGGACCCAGAAGUGGCUGAAGUGUCGAGGCCGAUGAAGACGGCCGCUUUUCGGCUGUCGGGCCUUGAUGAUGCUGUGGAGGUGGCAGAUAUACAAGACGCUGUUUCCAAACAAGGAGGCUGCCAAGUCGAUAAAGUGCUGGUCAGUGAGAUCAGACUGAGUCGGCGCGGUAUGGGCACCGCAGUAGUCAGAUGUCCGGUGGCUGCCGCCAAAAAACUGACAGAGGGCGGCAAGAAACGUUUAUUGGUGGGCUGGGUUUCGGCGGCUAUCAGUAUUCUGCCGUCGAAGCCACUGCGUUAUUUCAAAUGCCAUGAGGUGGGCCACGUAGUCGCAAAGUGUGAUCGAGUUGACCGGAGUGCCUUGUGUCUCCGAUGUGGAGGCCCCAACCAUAAGGCCAGAGAGUGUACCGCGGCUCCACACUGCAUUGUGCGUGAGACGGCUGGAACAGCGUUAAACCAUGUGCUGGGAGGUAAGUCGUGCAAGCCCCCCAAAAGGCCCAUGCGCAAGAAGACCUCCGGACCAGCUGCGACUGCCACUCAGGUGUCAGAAGCAGAGGUCAUGGAAACUGCCGAAACCGGACGGCAGCACGAUGACUGCGGGGAGAACGGGAGCGGGCAGAUAGCCUAG